AUGUCGGACCUUCACGAGAUCACUUCAGAGGCGGGCUUUCAAACGCACAUAUCGUCUCUACCCCCAUCGGCACUCCUUGUACUCUUCUUCCACACCCCAUGGGCCGCCCCAUGCACUCAGAUGCGUACCGUUCUUCAAACGCUUGCCUCUCUAUACAAACCUACCACCCCACCAUCCAUUUCCUUCAUCAGUGUCGACGCCGAGGAGCUCGCCGAGAUUUCAGAGCAGUACGAAGUAACAGCCGUUCCGUUUGUGGUACUAAGCCGGAACAAUAAAAUCAUUGAAAACAUCUCUGGCUCGAACCCGAUUAAAGUCCGCGAGGCAAUUGAGAAGCAUUACCAGGACCCUUCAAGUGCCGGUGCAACAGACAAGCAAUCUAUUCCUCCACCACUUGACGCCGUUCCGAGAAACAUAGAUGAAACACAGCAGAAUGAUCAGAUACCACAGGCUCCACCACUUGCAGGACAAGGGACAAAUGGAGCUAGCGGUCGUGCGGCCGCCCCAGAGUCUUCGUCGAAGGAGGAACUCUUUGCCAGAAUUGGGGAGCUUGUAAAGGCGGCUCCAGUGAUGUUGUUUAUGAAAGGUACCCCAAGUGUACCUCAAUGUGGAUUUAGCCGGCAACUCGUUUCUAUUCUGCGAGAGAAUAGUGUUAAAUACGGCUUUUUCAACAUUCUUGCCGACGACGAUGUACGGCAGGGUCUCAAGGAGUUUGCAGACUGGCCUACCUUCCCACAGCUAUGGGUGAGGGGUGAGCUGGUUGGUGGUCUGGACAUUGUCAAGGAAGAAAUAGAAGCCAACCCCGAUUUCCUUCGUGAUUACUCUGUUCCAAAGACAUCCUCCGCAGUACCUACUUAG